UAGCGAAACUUUUUCACACGAUCUUUCAAUUUGAUCUUUUUACCUCGAUGGAUUUUUGAAGUAAACCAUCAAUUCCUCGACAACUCAAAUCCAAUACUAAUCCACCAGGAAGUAUAUUCGUCGAAAUGGCUCCUCCAGCAAAGAAAGGUACAGUUCCCUUUCUCUCAAAUAAGCAUUGAUCGCAUUCUUGAUCGCAAUAUUGUCCUUGGGGAAUAUUGCGGGCCGCUUUGAAAAUACGAAAAUAUGAAAAUAUUUCCAAAUACAACGCGAAGGAAUGCGAAAGAUGCGCACCAGCAGUAGCAGAUAUUGCGAGUUCUUCAAGAGCGCUUGCUGAUGCGUAAGUUUUAAUAGGUGCUGCCGCCAAGGGUGGUAACAAGAAGGCCAAUGCCGCUGCUAAGGCUACCUUGAAGGGUGUAAGUUCUUCUAUCUGUUGCUGUUAUUGACGCUUGAUGCUAACAAUUCCAUCAGGUCCACUCCCACAAGGUCCGCAAGGUCCGUCUCUCGACCACUUUCCACAGACCCAAGACACUUCAACUCUCCCGUGCACCAAAGUACCCACGUACUUCCAUCGUCUCUCAACCUCGUCUCGAUGAGCACAAGGUCAUCAUCCACCCAUUGAACACCGAGAGCGCCAUGAAGAAGAUCGAGGAGAACAACACCCUCGUCUUCAUUGUCGAUAUUAAGGCAAACAAGGCUCAAAUCAAGGAGGCCUUGAAGAAGCUUUACGACAUUGACACCGUCAAGAUCAACACCCUCAUCCGGUACGCCUAAAUUGAUGAACAAAUUUUUUAACAGUUGCUAAUAUAUCGAUAACAGACCAGAUGGAUCCAAGAAGGCCUUUGCCCGUCUUACCGCAGAUGUUGAUGCUCUUGACAUUGCUGCCACCAAGCUCGCAAUCGUCUAAAUUGUCAAAAUGGGAGUGGAAUUGGGAAUCUGGAUUUGAGGGAAUAAAAAGUUAUAUGGUUGAUAAAUGACCAGCUUUUUCUACGAUUGGCUGAUACCCACAUCCAUGCGGCGUAAUGAGAUGAAUUUAAAAAUAUGUACACCAAUGCAGUACUAUCCCGCCAAUGACAAUUCCUGAUGCACUUGAUUAU